AUGAAGGCGCGGAACCCCAACAAUCUCCCCGAGAAGGUGUGUGUUGUGUGCCAGCGGCCCUUCACCUGGCGCAAAAAGUGGGAGAGAUGCUGGGACGACGUCACGACAUGCAGUAAGAGGUGCAACAACGAACGCAAGAGAUCGAACCGGAUAGCGCGCGGUGCAGCAGAUGCGGAGGGCGAGGACGCGAUGCAGUGCGAUGUGAGUUCGGACGCAAGCGACGGUGCCGCCGAGAAGGCGAACAAGAAGGCAGCGAAGAAGGCGGCCAAGGCAGAGCGGCGUGCGAGGCGUGAAGGUGUGUCGUCGGGUGGACAAAAGGCGUGUGAUCUGUGCGCGCGUUCUGUCGACCUGCUGAUUCGAUGCGAGAUUGAUAGGAGUUCGGGCUGGAGGAUGGUGUGCGGCCGAUGCUGGAAGACGCCGGCGGUGGCGGGAGGCGUCCCAGACGGGGAUGGCCAGAACCCAAAUUACCGCUACGGCGGCCUGUGGAAGAACCUGCACCGCACCAUGUGA